AUGGCCCCAACCGUUGCGAUUUCUUGCCCGGCACUGGGAAUCCAGCUGGAAGGGAACAGAUUGAGAUUCAGCCCUGGCGAUGUCAUUGUCGGCAAAAUCUACCGGACAGCGCCAACGAUUGCGCCUGAGGCUCGACUAACGAUUAAGCUAUACGGAAGAUCCAAUUCUUCAAUGAUCAUGGCGAGAGGCAUGGCCCAUAGGGAUUAUUUCGGGCAAUUCAAUCUUAUUGAUUCCCAAGCAACCGCCCAAAUCUUACUGGCCGAUAAACCCAUCCAUAUUGAGUCGACCAGCGAGGGCACCUCAUGGCCCUUUACCAUGACAAUUCCAACAAUCGUUAAUUACGAAAGUCUCACGGGGCCGCACAUCCGUCACAGAAGUUCAUUUCUGCCUCUCGGCCCAGAAGCAGUCGCAGUUGAGCCACUACCGUCGGUCUUCCGCUCCCGAGGCUUCCGAUCAGGCAUUGGGGCUUUUAUUGAAUAUGUUCUGGAGGCUGAGCUUGAAUUGCGGGAACGAGGAAAGACCAAAACGAGUCGAGCUGCGUUGCCUUUGCAAGUGCAGCGAUUCCUCGCCGAGCCACCGGUAACGGAUUUUCAGCUCCAAAGGCAUUCCUACAACCGAAGAUUCACUUCCCAGCGACUAGUGCCCGGCCUUAAAGACUCCGGACUUUCAUUUACGCAAAUGGCACAGCAAUUCAUUGGCUCUUCAAAGUUGCCCAGCUUCGCGUUCAAAGUUCAUGUCGAACUGCCGACGCUCUUGCAAGUUGAAAACACGGACUACAUGCCUCUGCGAAUCGGGAUUGAACCCACGUGGGACCGCACCAGCGAAAUAAUUCACGGCGUACCGCAAAAAAUCAAAUUGGAGUCUGUAGUCAUGCGUUUAAAGCCAACUAUCCAGGUGCAGUGUGGCGAACUGGAAGCGUCCGACUCGCAAGAGAUAGAAUUGAUUGGCUCUGCCGCUGUACGGACCCUCAGUGAAGAUGUCUAUAUGUCGUGGGGCAUUUUGGGCGCCCCCGAUUCCAAAGCUGGGCCCGUAGUUGAAUUCAUUGAUGUUGGUGGCCUUCUUGACUUCAGGUUGGGAAAGUACAAUCUUGGGAGGCUAUACCCAAGUUUCACGACGUACAAUAUCAAGCACACACAUCAACUUUCGUGGGAGAUACGAGGCGUAUUCGAUGAUGAGAGGAUCAAAAUGGGUGCCAGUCAUGAAGUCAAGGUGCUGCCACCUUCACGCUUGCAGGAUGAAAUGCUGCUUGCAGAGGAUCCUCCGCCCUCGUUUGCCGAGAGUCAAAUGAUGAGAGACGGGCGAGGAAAUAUAUAA